UCUAAAUCAGAAAUAAAUACAAGCUAUGACCUCCACCUUUAUUAUUCCAUUAAUCCCCCACUUCAUUUCAAUUAACCCGUCCCAUCUCUGCUCUAAUCACGCAAUUUCUUGAAGACAAGUUCAUAUCUUCUCUCUUUUCUUGUUUUCUUGUACCUGUACGUUUCUUUAACUGUAUCAACUCUAUGCUGCCUUGUUUAGUUCUCUGCUUUUCAACAAUUUAAUAUUCGCCAACAAGCAAACACUACCGAAUACCCGUAAUUAAUUAUCAUCCUUCUUUCUUUCUUUCUUUCUUUUUCAAACCAAGAAACUAAACAUGAAAGAAGACCAACAACAAUCUUUCCAUCACCAUCAUCACAAUAACAGGAAAACAAGAUUCCCGUUCAAGAUUUUGUAUUCUCCUGCUGCCUACAUUUCCCUCUUGCUACUAUCUUAUGCACUUGGUUACUUCUCAGCUCCGUCCUCCCGCCUUCCACCACCGUCGUCGUCGUCACUAUCACCCCCCACCGCCGCAACCCAACUCGACAAUUUUCGAGUCACAACUCUCUGCGCCAACUCGCUACCUUCUAAACUCGUCCGUCGAACGAUUCUUGACCGAAUUUACAACGCCACGUCACCAUAUCUUGAUUUCCCGCCUCCACAUGUCAGCGGCCUCCUACGCAGUAAAAAGCUUAAAGGCUGGGGCUCAUACGGUGCCGUUUUUGCCAACCUUAUCCAAAAAGUCAAGCCCAAGGUGAUUAUUGAAGUUGGCACUUUCUUGGGCGCGUCGUCUCUCCACAUGGCCGAGUUGACUCGUCAACUGGGACUUGAGACUCAGAUUCUUUGUAUUGAUGAUUUUCGCGGCUGGCCUGGGUUCCGCGACAAGUUCAAGUACGUUAAUAUGGUAAGCGGUGACGUUUUACUGCUUUAUCAGUUCAUGCAAAACGUAAUUUACAUGAAUGCCACCGAAUCGGUUUUGCCCGUGCCCUUUUCUAGUGGGUCGGCUUUGGAGAAAUUGUGUGAGUGGGGUAUAUUUGGUGACUUGAUUGAGAUAGACGCGGGUCAUGAUUUUAACUCGGCUUGGGCGGAUAUAAACCGCGCUUAUCGGAUAUUGAGACCCGGUGGGGUAAUUUUUGGACAUGAUUAUUUUACCGCAGCGGAUAAUAGAGGGGUAAGAAGAGCAGUAAAUUUGUUUGCUCAAAUCAAUGGGCUUCAAAUCCAAACGGAUGGUCAACAUUGGGUAAUUGAUUCAGCUAAAGCUCGUUCUCGUUAGUUUGAUGUAACAAUUUACCACAGUUAGUUUCGUAAAUUUUCCCGCGCACAUCAAGCGAAAUCCAGCAACGGUCAUUUGUGUUAAUGGUAAAUUACUGUAUUAUCCUAAUAAGUUUCGGUUAUUACAGUAGUGACUCUUAUAUUUUUCUUUACAUUUAAAACCCUGGAAGUCUGAAUAUAUAUUACAUUAGUAUCCCUUUUGUUAGCUUCCACUAGUUGUCAAAAUAUUCAAUUGUAAUUAAAAAAUAACCUAAUUAUUAAAUAAAUUCUAAAUUCUAUAUUUUUGUAUUUUCA